UGGCUAACAACGCUAAUGCCACGUGGUCACACUGCGGAACAGCUGAUUUGAAGAAGAAGAAGCAGCACGUGCACGUUGUUGUCAAAAUUCAAAUUAUUUUUGUUUUAAGCCAGCUUUUAAGUUAAUUUCACCUUGCGGAUCCAUCAAGAUGACGAAAAUAGCGCCAAAAGGGCGCCCAAAGGCUAAGACGCCCUACAAACGCUACUUCGACGGCCAAAAGGACACAGAAACGGGCGACGGCGAUCUGAAACAUGUAAAGGUGUUCAGCAAAAACCGACAGAAUUUCACUGGCGAUUUUAUCAGUAUGCUAAAUAAAACGAAGAAGCCGCGUCCCCAAAAGGCUCCCGCCAAACCCACAAAAGAGGAGCUGGAGGCCAGGCCCAAGAAGAACCCGAUUCCCAAAGAGACCCUCGACAAGUACUCACGUGGCGAGCAAGUGCAGCCGAAAGGUGUAAAAACGCGGCACUUCAAGGAGCAGCAGACGCGCAAGGAGGUCUACCUCGAAUAUGCCACCGAGCAGGCGGCCCGCACAGAGCUCCUACUCCAGGAAACCGCUGGGCAGCUAGAUGCAGAUGAGGGCGAGACCACCGCCGAAUUUAGGCAGUCCCAGAUUGCCGAGAAUGUGGAUAUCCAGUCGUCGGCCAAGCACUUCAACCUGAACAUGGAAUUCGGUCCGUAUCAAAUGCGCUACACCAAGAACGGCAGGCAUUUGCUGCUCGGCGGCAGACGCGGUCAUGUGGCCGCCUUCGAUUGGGUGACCAAGCGACUGCACUGCGAAUUCAAUGUGAUGGAGAGCGUCGAGGAUGUUCAGUGGCUGCAUGUGCCCACCAUGUACGCGGUGGCCCAGAAGAGCUGGGUCUAUUUCUACGACAAGAAGGGCACCGAACUGCAUUGCAUCAAGCGGCUGAAUCGCGUCAAUCGCCUGGACUUCCUGCCCUACCACUUCCUCCUGGCCGCCGGCAACAGUGCGGGCUAUGCUUCCUGGCUGGACGUCUCCAUUGGCGAGCUGGUGGGUAACUUUAACACGGGACUGGGCGAUAUACGCAUGCUGCGACACAAUCCCAGAAAUGGUGUACUCUGCAUUGGCGGCGGACGUGGCGUGGUGUCCAUGUGGUCGCCCAAGGUGCGUGAGCCGCUGGCCAAGCUGCUGUGCCAUUCGACAGCCAUGACUGCUCUGGCGGUGGACCCCAAGGGCCAGCAUUUGGUCACCGCUGGCUUGGACAGGGCUGUGAAAGUCUGGGACAUUCGUAUGCUGGUGCACGACAAGCCGCUGACUCACUUCCAGCUGCGUCUGCCCGCCAACGAACUGGAUGUGUCGCAACGUGGCAUGCUGGCGCUAUCGCAGGGCACCUAUCUGGAGACCUACUCGGAUCUGCUCUCCGGCGGAGGUUCGGGUGACGGAACCCGGUUGCCUUAUAUCCGCCAGCGCUGCGAUGCCUUCGUCCACGGGCUGCGUUUCUGCCCGUACGAAGAUGUGCUCGGUGUGGCGACGGCCAAGGGCUUCCAAUCGCUAUUGGUGCCCGGCUCUGGAGAGCCAAACUUCGAUGCUAUGGAAGACAACCCGUAUGAGACUUCGAAGCAACGACGCGAGCACGAGGUCCACGCUCUGCUGGAGAAGAUUCCGCCCGAUCUGAUCACCCUGGAUCCGCAAGAGAUCACUGGCGUGGAUGCGCCCACGCUGCAGGAGAAGAUCGAUGCCAAGAGGAAGCUGUUCCAUUUGAAGGCGCCGCGCAUCAACAUGAAAACGCGCCACAAGAUGAAGGGACGUGGCGGCACCGCCAAGGCGGCGCGCAACAAACAGAUCGUCAAGGAUGCCAAGCGAAAGGAGUUUAUUGCCGAGGUGCGCGAGGCCAAGAAGAACGUUAUCAAGCAGCACAAAGUCGACGAGGUGGGUGCCAAGGGCAAGCCCAAGACCAAGGCACCACGCUCCGUUCUGGAUCGUUUCAAACCCAAGCCACCCAAAAAACAGAAAACCUGAACAGAGUUCGUCUUAAGCGAGAGGAAUAUAAUGUAUACAUUAAACUUAGAAGCUAAACAAAGU